AUGAGUGUCAACUCAUCGAAUCGAAUUUGCUACGAUAAUACUGUAUUCUCGGCUGGUUCAGGAAUUAAUAUAAAAGAAUUGAAUGUUUUAGAAGAUUGGGAUGGGAGACCUAACAGCAAAUGGUCGGUAAAUUGCAUUAAUAAAUUUCGAACUAAAAUUGAAAAGUAUUCUUACAGAUACCACAAUAAUGGUGUUCUUAACAAAUUUGAUUUAGCGCAAUUAUUACCUUCGCAUUUGAUUAUUCAAUAUGCAAAUGAUUGUUUCGGUUAUGAUGGUUGGCAUAUGGAUGUCUUACAUGUUGAGACUGGUGAAUGCCUUACAAUUCCUAAUUAUGAUCCAGAUUCAAGAUACAAGGAGAAAUUUACAGUGCAAAGUGAAGCUAAAGUUAAAAUAACUUUAAAAGAUGGCACAAAUUCAGCACAUUUUUGUAAAAGAGCUAGCACAAUGCAUUCAAGAGGUGAAGUAUACAAUAAAUCUAAGAAAGAAGUAGUUACGUAUGCAAUGAAAGAAGCAUUUUUAAAUUUUCAGAACAUAAUGGAAGAUUAUGAGUUGAAAGUUGAGACAAAUUACUUUAAAGAUGGCUUAUUUGGUUCUAAGACCUAA